AUGUGGUUCAUGUACGCGCUGAGCUGGCUCGCGCUGCUCAUCCAGGCCGCCUUCGUCACGCUCGGCAUCGGUGAGGAGGCCCCUCGGGACCAGGCGGAGGGGGAGGCCGCCACCCCUCCCGGCCACUCCCCCCCCGCACCCCCACAAGUGGUCUCUCCCUCCUCCGCGCCCGGCCGACCUCUCUCCUCCUCCCCCCCUUCGAGUCCGGCAGUGGUACGGCCCGGCUCCGGCCGGCCAAUAGGCGAUCGCGGCCUCCCUUCCCUCGCGCCCGAGGAAGAGGGGAGGGGGCGUGGCCGAGGAGCUGCGCCUGCGUGGAGCCUCUCCGUGCAGGCGCAGUCUACCUCUGAGAAGCAGCUGAGCGGGGGGGGGGGCGAAUGGGGCCCGGCCGGCUCUCAGGCCAGUGGCCCAUCCGGUUCAGCCUCCUGCGCUCACUGCCAAGUGCCUGUUGUGGGAAACCCGCAAGAGCCCCGUCUUUCCUCCUUCGGUCUCCAACAGCCGCUGUGCAGAAGCAUUUCUGCCCCGUGUGGGAGAAACCCAGCCAGAUGGGCAGGGUGUUAAUAAAUUAUUAUUAUUAUUAUUAUUACAGUGGUACCUCAGGUUACAGAUGCUUCAGGUUACAGACUCCGCUAACCCAGAAAUAGUACCUCGGGUUAAGAACUUAGCUUCAGGAUGAGAACAGAAAUCGUGCUCCGGCGGUGCGGUGGCAGUGGGAGGCCCCAUUAGCUAAAGUGGUGCUUCAGGUUAAGAACAGUUUCAGGUUAAGAAUGGACCUCCAGAACGAAUGCAGUACGUAACCAGAGGUACCACUGUAUUAUUAUUAUUAUUAGAUAGCCCUACCUUCCCUCCAUAAGGGACGCGGGUGGCGCUGUGGGUUAAACCACAGAGCCUAGGACUUGCCGAUCAGAAGGUCGGCGGUUCGAAUCCCCGUGACAGGGUGAGCUCCCGUUGCUCGGUCCCUGCUCCUGCCAACCUAGCAGUUCAAAAGCACGUCAAAGCGCAAGUAGAUAAAUAGGUACCGCUCUGGCGGGAAGGUAAACGCCGUUUCUGUGCGCUGCUCUGGUUUGCCAGAAGCGGCUUAGUCCUGCUGGCCACAUGACCCGGAAGCUGUACGCCGGCUCCCUCGGCCAGUAAAGCGAGAUGAGCGCUGCAACCCCAGAGUCGGUUACGACUGGACCUAAUGGUCAGGGGUCCCUUUACCUUUUACUUUACCUUCCCUCCACUAGUUGGCCUAAUCCUCUUCGUUUCAUUUCUUUCCACUAAGGCCCAUCCCUCCCUCCCUCCCAGAUUAAUUCCUCUUUGAAUGUGGCUCGGUCUGUUGCUGCAAAUAGGCAGCCUACUAGGGACUGGCCUACUGGUUUAGAUGCCUUUGAAAGGAGAUUAGAGCAAUUAAUAGAGGAUCAAUCCCUGGCUCUUAGGCAAGGGAGAAGCUGGUCUCUCUCUGAUUAUUGGUUGCUGGGGGUAAGGCGGGGCAAGGCCUUCAUUCCUUGCUUGCCGGAUUUUGGGAAGAAGCCUCUUAGUUUGCACCUCUGCAGGAGGGGCAUGAAUUUAGGAUGAAGUGAGGAUCUCACUUUCGCUCAGUGGCCGCAGUUGCUCCACCUUGGUAAUUUCACUCAUUCUGUCCUGUUGUCUCCAAAGACUUUGUCCAAAGUUGACACUGAACAACCCCUCUGGUGGGAUGCUACAUUGACUGAGGAUGGAAGGAGCAUGGCAAAGGAAAUUUAAGCACCAUAAGGAAAACUUGCAGAAUAAAGCAUUGUUUUGCUUGCUGUGUAACUGUUGGAAGUGAUGGAAUCCUUGAGUGCUAAGACGAGGGAUCUUGUGGGAAGACAUGGACUUCUUUUUAAAAAGAGUAACAAUCGCAUAUUUAUUGUGCUGCAAGCUGGUUUUCCGGAAAAGCUCAGAGAUUUGAAAUCUGAGGUGACAAUGAUUGCAAACCGAGUAUUUGGCCUCAGCGCUUGAUGUGAGCUGGGCAUGUGAAACCCCAAGCUUCAGUUCCCAUGGACCCACCAAAGCCACAAGACCUGGAAUUUCUUACUCUUUUUGUAGUUCAUAAAUCAGAAGCUAUGUGGCCAGAAGUUGUGGGAAUUGUUGGUCUCAAGCUCCUUUUCUUCUCUCUUCCAGCGGCUGGCUUGUACUACUUGGCCGAGUUGAUAGAAGAGUACACAGUGGCAACCAGCAGGAUCAUUAAGUACAUGAUCUGGGUAAGUCUCUGGCUGCCUUUGGAACAAGUUCCCUCCCUUAUCUUAUCAAUGCCAUCCAGUGGUGCAAGCCUCGCUGGCACAGUGUGAGACUAGGAAGGCCAAAAUAAGUUCCAGGGGGAGGAGUUCCUCAGGCGGCUUAUUGGGGACAGAGAGAGAGAGUUGCUUGGCAAGAAGCUUGUUCCAAACAAAAGCUGAACUUGAAAAGUAGUUCUUGCGAGAAGCCUAACAGCUUCUAUGAUCUUGCUGUCUUGCCUGCUGGCUGCUCACAGCUGCUUUGUUCCUUUCACAUUAUUACUGUUUAUAUUUAUUCAAUGCAUUCAGCUGCAAUCCUAACCCCACUUAUCUGAGAGCAAGCCCCACUGAAUUCAGUGGACUUUUGCGUAGGUGUGGUUCAGAUAGCACUCAUGGUCACUUUCCCCAAGAAGUCUCAAAGCAGCUUACAAAAAUAAAUGGCUGGUUCACUUUUGCCUGGGAGAAAUGUCUUAGCCUGCUGCUGAAAAGAAGUCUGUGUCUGUGCCAGGCAAGCCUCCUUGGGGAGAGCAUUCCAUAAGCCACUACUGAAAAGGCCCUUCCUCUUUUUGGUACCCUCUUACGCCAGUGGUUCUCAAAGUGGGAUUACCUUGGGGCUAAGAGGCAAGGGCAGGCAGAGGGCGAUGGAGGAGUAAAUGAUUCUCAGGCUUUGAAAAACUGGUAUCACUCGAUCAAAUUUAUCCAUUCUCUUGAAUUAAUGAAACUAAAUUGUUUUGAUUGGAUUUUGAAGGAAUGUGCAAUUAAUUGGUGCUAUUUUGAAUUUUAUUGCGUUGUCACAUUCCUUCAUGGGUUGUGCAAACCGCUAUUGUGAAUACAGUAAUGCUUUUUAUAGGGUGGGGUGGGUUGCACUGGGGGUGAGUUUAUGGAAGCAAGGGGUGGUGGCCCAAUAAAGUUUGGGAAUGCCUGCUCUGAACUAAGAUUGUAUAUAUUUGUGUAAGUCCCCCAGAGGGGAUUAGUUUUCCAUGUGCAUCUAAAUGGAUAUAGAGCGAGCAGGAUGGCACAGACCACAGAGAAACCAGACAGGCUGUUGGGUGAGAUGGGAAUCUUCCUUUUGUCUGCGGCCUGUUGGCAUUUUCCCCUGCAGCAACAGCUUUCACUGACAAUGGGGUCUCUUAGUUCUCCACAGCUGUGCUGGUUGGGCUGUACCUCUUUGAGCACUUCCCGGGCCUCAUGGUGGGAGUCGGCCUCUUCACCAACCUGGUCUAUUUUGGAUUGCUGCAGACCUUCCCUUUCAUCAUGCUCACCUCUCCAAACUUCAUCCUGUCCUGCGGUGAGUGCCUUUCAGAUGCUGGGCACCAGAUACCACAACCUCUAGUGUCAAAACAGCCUGUGCUGAAUCUCCUCUGAGUCUGGAGGGUCUCAGCUCUUGCUUGAAUUGAUCUUGUGGCCAAGGAGCAAAUUGCUCUGCCUUUGUCACUGUGUUCUUGCUCUCCCAGGUGGAAGAUAGUCACUGUUUUUCCCCAGUGGAUGAAGUGGGAGUCUUUGAGAAGGAGGCUUGUACCUUCAGGGGGGAUCCCGAUUUGGAAGUUGGUACAAUGGAUUGACCUGGAAAAUUGUGCUGGCGUGUUACGCCUGUAGACAGGCAAGGCUCCAUAGGCUGAGACCGGCUGCUUGAAUGCUGCCUGGAAGGCUGGACAGCCCAAAUAGGUGCCAGGGUAUAGUGCAGCAACUGGCCACUUCCUUGGCGUUGGAUCUGUUCUGGAGGUUUAGGCAGCUGCAGGAGGAGACCGGAGGAGGCUGUUGGCCUCAUAUAAUGAGUGAAUGAAGCUGGGGUUGCUUCAUUUAUCUUAUCUGGACUGCUCUUCUGUGCUAAGGACAAUGUUCGGUCCUUUUGGUCUGAGCUCCACCCUUCACUGAAGCAAAGGUUAAAUGUGCAUAUUCUUCCUGUUACCAUCCCCACCCAUUCAGAAUGCAAACUUGCCUUCUUGCUUUUUUUACUCUGUAAAACACCUCGAACUCUGAAGGUGCCAUAGAAGUAAUAACACUCAUUCAGCUGCAUCAACAAAACCAGGGUGUUUUCCUCCCCUCCUUUUUGCAUAGUUACUCAAUUCAGUUGCUUCUGUUUGAACCCAGGAUUCAGAGGUUUUACAUAUUUCUGGGGUUGGAGUUUUGAUCACAGGAACUAGCAAUGGAUUAGUGGUGAUGGGCAGGAGGGAGGCACGGCUGCUGGAGGCGCUGCUUCUCAUUGUGUAAUUUGCUUUUUUCCCCAAUUGGCAGUGUUGGUUGUGCUGAACCACUACUUAGCGUUCCAGUAUUUUGCGGAAGAGUAUUACCCAUUCUCAGAGGUAAGAGAUGCCACUGGCUGUCCCAUGGAGCUUGGGCAUUGGGGAGAAGGGCAGAGGUGAGCUGCCAUGGUAAAUAAUAAUUUUAAUAAUAAUUAUUAUAUUAGUUAUACGCCGCUGGGUUUUCCCUGUUGGGUCUGCAGCACUUUUUCUAGUUUCUCUAGACCUAGCCAAAAUUCAGCUGAAAGGUUUGCGAGUCUCAUGGCAAAGCGUUUUUAUGCUGGCUCUGGGUUGUUGCUGGUUUUGAUGUUAAUCUUAAAGGACCCUUACUGCAAUCUAAAGGGUGCCACCGUCUCAGCAGGCAGAGGCAGCUCUGUUCUAUCACUGUCGGUCCAGUAUACCUGAAGGAGCGUCUCCACCCUCAUCGUUCUGCCCGAACACUGAGGUCCACCUCCGAGGGCCUUCUGGCGGUUCCCUUGCUGCGAGAAGUCAAGUUACAGAGAACCAGGCAGAGGGUCUUCUCGGUGGUGGCACCCGCCCUGUGGAAUGCCCUCCCACCAGAUGUCAAAGAGAAAACCAGAUUUUUAGAAGACAUCUGAAGGCAGCCCUCUUUAGGGAAGCUUUUAAUGUUUAAUAGGUUAUUGUAUUUUAGUGUUCUGUUGGAAGCCGCCCAGAGUGGCUGGGGAAACCCAGCCAGAUGGGCGGGGUAUAUAUUAUUAUUAUUAUUAUUACCAAAAUGCUCCCAUUUCAUGUUGCAUGUGUAGCACCUCUGCUAAAAAGAGAAAUGGAUUAGUCUCCCAUCUGAUCUCACACUUGCACUGCUAGCUCUUGAACCUGCCUCUGAUUCAUGGAGGAGAGGGCUUUUGAUGGCUGCUAUGCAGGACGGCUCUGCUCUGCCUCGCAGGCAGCAGUGCAUCUGGAUACAAGGUGCUGGAAACCAAAGGAGGGGAGAGGAGAGAAUCCUGCUUGCUGCUUUCCCAUGGGCAUCUGGCUGGCCACUGUGAGGACAGGGCCAGGCGCAGGGUACUCUUGUUCCUGGGGACUAAGACUCUAUCUCUCAUGUGGCUUUCUGGGACCCUGUGGGUUUUAUUUUAUUUGCAGAGCAGGGUUGGUUGCGGCUCUUCUUGAUGCUCUCUCCAUGUUUCGCCCCCAGGUGCUUGCCUACUUCACCUUCUGCCUGUGGCUAAUCCCCUUUGCCUUCUUUGUUUCCUUGUCAGCUGGGGAGAAUGUGCUGCCUUCCACAGUGCAACCAGGAGGUGAGUUCCGCAGGCCUGGCCUUUACAGCCCCUGCCUUCCCCGGCCUGGUGGCCUACAGGUGUUUAGGAAUUUCUGGGGAGGGGACGUCUUCAGCUCAGCGGCAGAAGCACAGGCUUUCUGUGCUCAAGGUCCCAGGUUCAGCUGCUGGUGCCUCCAAGUGAGGCUGUGGAUGCCCCCUGCCUGAAAUCCCAAGCCAGUGUUUCUGGACCAAAUGGUAUGCCUUGGUGGACGGCAGCCGCUGGGAUGAUGGGAGUUGUGGUCCAAAACAUAUUUCAGACACCAGGUUGAGAGGCCUGCUAACCAGAAUGGUGGGAAGUCUGUAGCAGAUUCUGCGGCUGAAAUAAAUGACUUGUAUUAUUAUUUUACAUUCCCUAGAUGUAUAGCAGAAUUUGCUGGAAAGAACGGGGGAUGGAGGAGGCGGCAGCUGUGCAAGUCAGGGCUGGUGAUGACUGAAGUGGUUGGGGUUGGACUGGUGGCUUUAGAUUUUAGGAAAUUUUAAGCUUACCAAUGCCACCUUAAGGACAAGAAAGUUGACUUUCUGGAUAUGUGGAUGCACAGAAUGCCAAGAGAAUGCCCUGUCUUACCUUCAGCCCAGCCAACUGAUCAAAUCUCCUAGGCAAAGGGGCACACUCCUAAUCUGAGCUAUUGAGCAAUGCCUCCUAGGAACUACAAGUCUCAUAGUGCAGUGCUUAAAGGCAACGGCUACAGCAGGACUCCCUCCCUCCCUCUCUGAUGUGAUGACUCCCUGGGUUUUUCUUUCUCUCCUCAGACGAUGUGGUAUCGAACUACUUCACGAAAGGGAAGAGAGGGAAGCGGUCUGGCAUCCUGGUCAUCUUCUCGUUCAUUAAGGAAGCCAUCUUGCCCAGCCGCCAGAAGAUGUAUUGA